CACCUUUUCAAAACGUACUCUUUUCUACCGUUUAGAUUAUGGAGUUUGCCGAUUUUGCAAGACACGUUAUCUCAUAUGAAUAAGAAAAAAUAUUCUACUUUUAAUACGAGUUCUUCACCCUUUCAUUUAGCUGUUAUUGGAAGUGGACCGGCGGGCUUUUACACGGCCUAUCGUGUGCUGAAAGAACAUCCAAAUACGUUAGUAGAUAUGUAUGAAGCUCUUCCUAUUCCAUUUGGGCUGGUUCGGUACGGUGUAGCUCCAGAUCAUCCGGAAGUUAAGAACGUUCAAAACAGGUUUGAAGAAGUUGCAAAAGAUUCGCGUUUUACUUUCAUCGGUAAUGUUAAGUAUGGUGAAGACCUCACGUUGAAAGAUCUAAAAUUACAGUAUGAUGCAAUUGUGUUUUCAUAUGGAGCGGGCCAAGAAAAAACUCUUGGUAUUAGAAAUGAGAAUGAACCUAUUAAGAAUAUUUUUUCUGCACGAGCUUUUGUUGGUUGGUAUAACGGUCUACCACAAUAUCGAGAUUUAGAACCUGAUUUAAUUUGCUCCGAUACUGCUGUAGUUAUUGGACAAGGCAAUGUGGCGUUAGAUGUUAGUAGAAUAUUAUUGACGGAUAUUGUAGAAUUGAGCAAAACUGAUAUAACAGAAUACGCUCUGGAAACACUCAAAAAUAGCCAAAUAAGAAAUGUUAUUAUUAUAGGAAGAAGAGGACCUCUACAGGUUUCUUUUACUGCCAAAGAACUUCGUGAAAUGAUGAAUUUACCAAAUACGAAAUUUUAUACAGAUUUCGAAUUGAUAAAAAAUGAACUUUCUACGAAUGUUGAUAUAAUUUCGAAAGAUCGUCCUUUGAAACGAUUAAUGCAAAUAUUAGAGAAAGGAAUGGAGAAUACUAGUGGUUAUAAAUCAUGGUCACUCAAAUUUUUAAGAAGUCCUGAUGAAUUCAUCGCGCAUGAAAAUGACGAUCCUUCUCGACCAAAAUAUGUACGUGCAGUUAGAUUCCAUAUCAAUAGAUUAGAAGGUCCAUUAGAAAAUCGCAUUGCUGUUCCAACUGGAGAAAUGGAAGAAUUAGAAACAGGUCUUGUCCUUAAAAGUGUAGGAUAUAAGAGUAUACCCCUAGAAGGUUUAUCUUUUGAUGAAAAUAAAGGUAUUGUCCCUAAUCAUAAGGGGAAAAUAUUGGACAAUGAUAAUAAUGAGCAACCGGGUUUGUAUGUCGCUGGAUGGUUAAAACGUGGUCCCCAGGGUGUUAUAGCAACAACAAUGUAUGACGCGUAUGAGACAGCAGAAGUUAUUGUAUCAGAUAUUAAGCAAGAUAAGCCAAUGCUUUCAAACGAUACCUUUAAAUAUGGAUCGAAGGUUAUAAUUCCGAUUCUUCAUCAACGUGGCAUAAGAACUGUUUCAUAUAAGGAUUGGAAAAAAAUAGAAGAAAAAGAGAAUGAGGCAGGAAGAGCAAAACAUAAACCGAGAGAAAAAUUUGGAAGAGUUGAAGAUGCAAUGCAAGUUUUAGACACAUGAGACGAAGUUUACACAUUAAGCCACUGUUUCAUUCUACACCUAAUUAGUAAUACAAGCCGAUUUGAGCAUCUCUUUAAGCCAAUAAUUUAUUAGACAGAAAUAUUUUACAUUCGAUUUUUUUAUAAUGAAAUUGAUAUAUAAUAAUGUAGUGACAACUUGUAUAAUAAAUUUGCCACGAGUUAUUAGUCUAAACGGCUAAUCACCAAAACGAGGAUCAUAAUUAAACUUCUAACAAAAAUCUAACAGAUUUUUUGAUCGUAUAAUUCCUAGUUUCGACGUACGUAUAGGAAUAAAACAGUCAUAAACAAAUUUGAAAAGUACUCUCAUACUAUGUUAAUGGCAAACUAUUAAAACAAAUUAUCAACCUUUUAACUUUUUUAGCGU